UUUAUUUCAGUUGCUCCGAAGUUUGUGAGGAAACCCGUCAAUACAGUUGCAUAUGAGAAAGAAGAUGUCGAACUUGAGUGUAAAGUGUAUGGCCAGCCUGAACCAUCUGUCCAUUGGUUGAAAAAUGGAGAAUUAAUUAUUGAAACCGAAUACUUUCAGAUGGUGAGUGGUAACAAUUUAAAAAUCCUUGGCUUGGUGGAAGGGGACUCAGGGAUGUACCAGUGUGUGGCAUACAAUUCUGCCGGGGAUGCUCAAGCUGCAGCACAGUUACGAGUACAAAAAUCAGGAAGGAGCAUGCCAUCAUCUCCUACAGUCACCACAACCAUCAGCAGCAUCCAUGAAGGUGUUUCCAAGGGUGGCUCAGUACAAGAGGAGGACAGUAGUGAGAGUGGUGAUUCUGGGGAUGUUAUUAGUGGAAGUCACUCACUGGCUCCAUCACCUCCCAGACACUUGCAAGCUAUAAUCGCCAGUAAUAGAUUCAUCACUCUUGCAUGGCAUGAACCUGAGAAGAACAAUGAUCACAUUGUUGGGUAUUCAGUGUUUUAUAGACAGGAAGGUUCUCUUAGGGAGCGUGUUCAGAAUGUGAGUGCCAGCUCAUCAAGUGAGGGAUUGGAUGAAUACAAAACACAGAUCAGUCACCUUAUUCCUGGGAGUAACUAUUUGGUUCGUGUGGUUGCCCACACUUCAAAUGGUCUAGUUGGAGCAUCAAGUGAUGAAGUGCCUGUGUACACAAAGCCUGACCUGGACUUACCAUCAGCACCAGAAAAUCUCAAAGUCAUUCCCACUUCCCCAACUAGUUUGCAGGUCAUUUGGUCAUAUCCUCAAACAGUAAAGACACCUAUUUCUGGAUUUACAAUGUAUUAUAUGCAGGUUGGCUCAGCUGAAGAACAUGAAGUAGAAGUCACUGGUACUUCAUAUGAUCUUCAGGGUCUUAGCCAAUUUACGGAGUACAGUGUGUGGCUUGUAGCUGUUAAUGCUAAUGGUGCUGGUGAUGCAACCCAUGAAGUGACUGCCAGAACAUUUUCGGAUAUUCCUUCAAAAGAACCUCAAAAUGUGACUGUUGAGGCAGCUAGCUCAAGAAGUCUUAUCAUUAGGUGGGAGCCACCCCCUACAGAGCACCAAAAUGGUGUUAUUACUGGGUACAAGAUACGUUACAAGGAAAAAGGAAAAACUGGCUCCACUAAAACAAAGACAACAGAUGGAAACAGAAGACUCUUUGCACUCACAGAUCUCAAGAGGAGCACUCAGUACUCCAUUAAGUUGACUGCCCUAACAGUUAAUGGGACAGGACCAUUUACACACUGGAAUAUAGCAGAAACAUUUGCUAACGAUCUUGAUGAAAAUCGUGUGCCAGAUAAGCCCAUCAACCUUAGAGCUGUGGCUCUGACGGAUCAUAUUAGGGUGCGAUGGCAACCCCCAGCACUCCAUAAUGUGAUGUUGCGAGGCUACACUAUAGGAUGGGGUCGUGGUAUACCUGAUGUGUACUCCAAGAUUGUAGAUAGCAAACAGAGGAGCUAUGUAAUUGAAGGAUUAGAACCAAAUGCUGAAUAUGUUAUCAGUCUUCGUGCUUUUAAUAAUGUUGGAGAUGGGCAGCCAGUGUAUGAACAAGUGCGUACACGUCCCCCUGAAGAGGCUGUAGCAGCAACCCUUACACCUCCAGUGGGUUUAAAAGCUGUAGUUCUUACCUCUUUCACAGUGGCCUUACAGUGGACAGAUGCCACACUUAAUCGCAAUCAGUAUAUAAGUGACACGAGGUACUACACUGUUCGAUACACAACGUACUCUUCAGCCUCAUCAUCCAGUCCUCGCUAUCGUUACGUCAAUGCAACAGAUGUUACCUGCCUUAUUGACAAUCUCAAGCCCUCCACAAUGUAUGAGUUUGCAGUUAAAACUACUAAGGGCCGACGUGAGUCACCAUGGAGUCUUGUGGUUUCCAAUACGACUCUGGUAGCCCGGCCAUCAUCUCCACCAAGAGAUGUCACCGUUGUAACUAUUCCCGAUGAGCCGUCGACUACUAUAUUCAAUUGGCAACCACCAAAACAGAGUAAUGGCAAAAUUACAGGUUACUUGAUAUUCUACACAACAGAUGCAUCAGGUGAUUGGGUAAUGGAGGAGGUACUUGGUGAUAGGAUGACCUUCACAGUUCAUGGAUUGACUCCAUCAACUCUCUACUACUACAAGAUGCAGGCACGCAAUGUUAAGGGCUUUGGUCCAUUUUCUUCUGUAGGAAACUUCACCACAUUACCUGCAGUGGGAAAAAGUGUUGGCAAACCAUCAGGUUGGUUUGUGGAUCGAGGGAGUCUGAUUGUGUUAGUAAUUGCAGGAGUAGCUGGAGCAAUUAUUCUUAUAGGGGCUUUUGUGGGUGCAGCAAUCUAUUGUCGGAAAGUUAAGCCCCAGCCACGACCUAGCAAUGUAGUUGGCAGUUGUAGCAAAAGUAACAAACCAGAGGUGCAGCCUCCAGACCUAUGGAUCCAUCAUGAUCACCUUGAGCUUAAGAACUUUGAUAAGGGAGAACGCAGCAGCUCGCCGAAUCAUGCCGCCAUUAUUAAUCACACAGGCCCUGAGUAUGAACCUGAUGACAAGAACACGACUUACACUUCUACCUCCACCCUCGACCGCCGCACCCCUUACCAGUCAACUUAUCUCCUGGUUGGUGGUAGUACAUCGAGUAGUGUUUACAGCGAUGGAACUCUUGGUCGACCAGGCUACUCCAUGCCACAGUUUUCCUCUGCUGCAAGCCAAGGAUAUAACUCACCUGCAGAAAAUCCAUACAGCCCAAACCCAACUAGUAGCGGUAUGUCUUCAAUGCUUGGUCCAGGCAAUAUGCCUCUAGAUGGCAUGCCUCUACCUCCUCAACCUACACAACCACUUCUGGGAGGUCUUGCAGCACCUCCUGGACCUUCACAAUACAGUUCUGUAAAUGGUGAAGGAAGUAAUACACUGGGCAAGCGGUCUGGUAAUCCUCUUCGCAGUUUCAGUGUCCCAGCACCACCUCAGUCUGCUCCCACUACACCUCAGCCUAAACAUAUUGUUGCAGUACGUCCUCAGGGAGUAACAAGUCCUUUCAAGAAAUCUUUAACUCCUGGAUCUUCUGGCAUGUCAGGUAGUGCUGGUCCAAGUGGACCAUCAGGCCGUUGGGCGGGUCCCACAAUGCGUGUUGAUUCUUUACCUGAACAUGAGGAGGCAAAUGAAGCCCUUCUUCAUGGUUAUUCAACAGAAGAAUUAUCUCAGGAAAUGGCCAAUCUUGAAGGACUUAUGAAGGAUCUCUCAGCCAUCACAGCAAACCAGUUCAAUUGCUGAGGUCUGUCUUCAUCACCCCUCUUGUGUUUUUUCUCCUAAAAGUGGAAUCCUCAGCAUUGUAUAAAAUGCGACCACGUGUGUACUUUAGCAGUGUGUGACAAGAUUAUAUACAUAGAGUUCAAAGCAUGAAAUACUUUUUAUAUUUUGUAUAUUAUUAUUUUUUUAUUAUUACUUCAAGGGCCUCUGAAUUAUUACAUUUCAUCUGGCCAUUUAAAGACCUUAAGUGAUGUGCUGCUUGGCAUAUACUGAAUGAUAAUAAAGCAUUUCUUCAUGAAACUAAGAAUGGCAUAGGGUGAACUUCAUAGUGAACUCUGUGUGAUUUUAUUAAUAGAAAAAUGAAUAUGUACAGCAUUUGUAAAAAUUUUGGAGUGCAAAGAAAAAACUGAGUUGAAUUUAGAAAAGCAGUCUAUAGGGUGGUGAACUGUGGUGCUUCCAAUUCUCCUCAGUUAUCAAUUGUCUUCAUCUCAUAAUAAGUUGGUGUCACACUGGGCAACUUUAGAUGAACUAAUGCAAGGUAAGAAUGCAUUAGAAUUAUGAAUUAAGAAUUGGAACAAUUAAGAAGGAAAAUUACUUUCUGGUAAAUGUUGGUUUCAUAUUGAAUUACUACUGUGUAUAAUUAUUUUGAUUUUUGAUGGUAGGAGGUAAAGCUUUAUUAUGUCCAUGAAUGUUCUUUGACUCAUUUGUGGCUUCAAAAAUACUCAUAUAGUAUACUUAAUAUAAAAUUUUGCACAAUGUCUUAAGUGUGAAGUUCGGGUAAGGUAUAAUGUACUGUAAUCUGAUUCCUAUUUAGCCAUGUCAGUGAAAUAUUGCUACCUAAUAAGGGUUUAAGUUUGAUUAUAAAUAUAAGCUCAUCACUCUAAAUUAAACUAACAAAAAACUAAGUAAAGUACAGAAAGUUUAAAACAAUGUAAUAUGUAUUGUUUAUGAUCAAGUCAUAAUCAAAACAAAAUGUAAAUCUUUUUCUUUAUGCAAAAUUAUUUUUUAUGGUAAUAUUACAUAUAUAUUUUACUGACUAAUGUAUUAAUCUGAAAUUUAAUUUCUAGAGAAGUAACCUUUUUUUAAUUUACAAAUAAAGUUUAAUUGCAAUAUUUACUUUUAUAUGCAAAAACAACAUUAGCAGCAACAAAAAUAUUUUAAAUCAAGUGAUUCCUUUGCAUUUUCUAGAAAACAGUCAUUUUGAAAUUAAAUAAUCUAUGCAUGGAAAAGAAAAAAAAUAGCUUUCAUGGUUAGUUGCUCAGCAUGACACCAUCUUUACACUUACAGACAUAAGAAGUAUCAGUUAAUUUUAAAAUGUACUCUUAUGGUGACACAAGGUGUGAAUACAGCAUAAGUAUUGCAGGGGGAUAUAAUCUGUAAUAAUUUCUCCCAAGUGAUAGUGCAUUCUUGGUGAUAAUUUUCUUUUUUAUCCAUUUGGACAUGGAAUGAAUAUGUGAUGAAAAUGAAUGACUCAUUAUUUUAUACUGUGAGGGGUGGCUGAGUUAGUGUUGCCUAGUCAGUGUUGUCUUGAUAAACUCAGCAUGUGUACUCUGGUUAUAAACAGUGGAGAAUUAGUGCAGCUUUUCAGUGCUUUUUUCUUGGAACACAAAAGACAAAAGAAGUAACCUUAUUUGCUUCAUUAAAAUUAACAAAACGAGUAAGUAAAUGGAAGAGAGAUAAUACUGUACUACGAUCAGUGACAGACUAAUACUCUGCCAACUUGGUGUUAUUGGAAAGUUACUUGCUGUAGCAGUUUCCGGUCUCUGUGCUCAAUCACACUGAAUCUUUUUGAUUUGACCAGCAAAGAGUUAGUUAUGGAUAUUUACCUAUCAUCUUUUUUUCUAAGGUGCAGAAGAAACCCUCUUAUGAAGAUGCACUACAAAUUAUUUACAUUACACUGGUCAGCAGUUCACUAAGUGCAGUAUUGUAAUCCAGGUCUUGUAACUUCAUUAACCAAAUGUAUGGACAUUAUGGUGGUUAUUAGUAUUUUAGUAAACAUAUAAUAAUGAUUGAUGUUGAAUGGGAAUAAGACAUUUGCAAUUGGGUGUAAACCUUGAAAUUUCCAAGACUUUUUUUUUGCUGGUCUCUUCACAUGUGUUCUUGUCUGUACACUGUGUUUGUGUACAGACUGAAUGUGCAUUUAUUGUUAAGAGUAAUUUUAAGAACUUUUGUAAUGCAAGUUUCCCCAGCCAUACCCAAGUAUCCUUCCAAAUUUGACCUAUUGUUUCAUGACAGUAAAUAAGACUUUCUCUAUAAUGGGGGUAGAUUGUUAGUUUUAUAUGAAUUUUUGUGUGACAAUUACUAUAACUGUUACAGAGAAAAUUGAAUGUCUGAUGCAGAGGUUACUUUUAUACAAUUAAAUGUUUUUAUUUGAUGGUACAUUUCACAGAUUUUUUUAUGUUGGAUAUUAUUAAUUUAUUAAAGAAAUACAUGGAAUAUUUAAUUGUUUUUUAAUGUGGUAUGGGGGUUUCUGGUAAACAACAGAAAUUAUUCCAGCUGGAUUAUGACAGCUCUUAAUUGCACAAAUUUUUGAUGAGCAGUUGUGCAGUGAAACAUUAUACCUGUAUUUCUCGUUUUAAAACUUAUAAUUUAGCAUUGUCAUUGUCAUUCUCAUUAUAUCAUGGUCAUUUUCAUAUUUGUCAUCCUCAUAACUACAAAUCCAUGCAUUCAUUUAUAUUUUUACUUUAUUAAUAAGUGUAAUGUGAAAUAACAACUGUCAAUAUAUGACUGAAGUACACCAUUGAGACUUGAACUGACUUGAAUUAAUUCAGUAAAUACAAUGAUAAAUUGUUUAGUAUUGUAUUCUUGCAAAUAGCAAUGCAUAUAUGUAUUUGUUUCCAGUAUAGUAGUUCUAUUAAAUGCAUUGGCUGUUAUCUGGCAGACUAUUUUUGAGUUACAUUGAUUGAAAAAUUCAUCUCUUAAAAAAUGAAGGCCAAAAUAUUCUAAAUUGAAAAAUGUACAAGUUUGCAAUAUAUGUUUUCAGUCAUUUUAACUUAUGGAGGAAUUCCCAUGAACACAUUUAAUAUGAAAGAAUAUGCAUUUUGUAUAAAUGCUCAAACAAUUACCAAUUUUAAUCUUUGUAAGAUCAAAUUUUUAAUACCACUUGCCAUGUAAAUAAAAUUUAAUUUUCAAUAACUUUAUAAAUGAUUGAUAGAAUUCAAUGCUCAUUUUGUACAGUUGUGUCUGGUAUGUGGUUUGUAGAAUUAAGUGGCUGGGGUGUUGGUAUUUAAUGCUGAACAUUAAAUAUUACAUUACAAACAACUAUUAAUUGCUAAAAUAAUUAAUGUAACGUACAGUGUUGAAGUAUUUCGGAAAUACUAAAAUCAUUUCUACUUCUUCUUCUUUCAACAAACCAGCCUUAUCCCACCAAAGUAGGGUGGUCCAAAAAGAAAAACGAAAGUCUCUCUUUUUAAAUUUAGUAAUGUAUACAGGAGAAGGGGUUACUAGCCCCUUGCUCCUGGCAAUUUAGUCGCCUCUUAUGACAUGCAUGGCUUACGGAGGAGGAAUUCUGUUCCACUUCCCCAUGGAGAACAAAAAUUAUAUACUGUCUUAAAAAAUUAACAAUAUUCAGAAGCAUGAAAUAUGUAUGAAGCUACACACAUUAUGCCAUGUGUGUAUUUUAGCAUACAUGACAGGGAUGUUGAAUAAUUUUUUCCUGACACCAGUAAUUUGCCACAAAGAAAAACAUUCACUAUCACUUGCUCAUUAGCUUUCAUUUCAGUAGUGCAAGGACACAAGGACUGGAAUCAUAGCAUUCUCACCUAUCUUUCAAGUUGCUGGCAUUUCUUUCCACCUCCAGAACUCAAGUAUAGAUAACCAUUCCCUGAUUGCCUCCAGCAUCAUGUCAAAUCCCAAGAACACUUGUUGGCACUUACUCUAAUGUAACACAGCCCCACGUGUCUUCUGAUGCUUAAGCUCUUACCCCCUUCACACUUUUCCACCCUUUUAACUUUAUUUCACUUGGUGCUGGAUUUCCAGCUGUCUUUCAUUCAUAACAAUAAUCAUUACAAUCAGUACAAAAGUGGUAAGGCUAUUCUGGAUUGCUUUUAUAUAACAGUAUUUGUUCAUUUAUUCCUUUGUCUGUAUAUCUAUUUUUGUUCAUCAUACUUUAGUUUCCACUCCACAGUUUUUAAACUUCAAAAGAUACCUAUAUGUGUAUUGUUGUUAGAUGAUGUACAAUGAGGAAAAAAACUAAAGCCAUGCAAAAAAAAAAAAAACAAGAUUGCAAGGUCAAAGAUUAAAUAGUUUCUUCUUGCAUACUCAUUCAUCUAAUUUAUUAUCACCUAAACUGUGCACAGCAAAGAACCAUAUUCAUAUGGGCCAAGAAAUAUUCACAGGUAGUGCAAUUAUUGCCCUAUGUACACUUGUUUUUAUACAAGUGAGACAUUUGUAACAACAUGCAUAACUACAACACUUAGUUUUUUGUAUUACUUAUGAUUGGGUCACAUUAUAUUUCUCAGCCACUAAAUCCUGACAACCAAGUUCCUUCCAAGAAUUUUCUUGUAAAAAUAGUCACUCAAAAUGUUCUCAAUAAACCGAGAUGUAUU